UCUACCUCUACCACUGCUACUAACAAGCGGAGAAUAGGCUAUGGUCAAACGCACUGAUUUUGCUCACCAUGAAAAACACCUCCAGGGAUAUGAUCCGAAAGAAUGGCAAAUUAAUCUCCUGCGAACCAUGUCGCGUCUCCAAAAUUCGGUGUGACCAUCAACACCCGACGUGUAGACGAUGUGACCUCAGGGGUUUAAGUUCCAAGUGUUACUACCAUCCGGCCCCCUUGACUCGACCACGGAAGAAGGCUCAGGCACCUCGCAGCGUGUCUCCAGUUCACCCAUUGUGUGAGGAUGAUGAGGUCCUCGACGUCUCUACCAACCCUGGUGACAGUAUCGUGCCAACUGGGCCUCAAAUGGAUCUAACCCCUACCUCCCAGCCAACCUACUUGGGAUCCACCAGCUUUAUGUCAGCAUUUCAUCAUGAUCAACAGUAUCUGAGUCUCUCUAUCCCGAAAAUUACCCAUACAUCCACCCUGAGCAAGGCGUGGAGUGCCGACUUCACUCACGUUUUUCCCCGACUGGUGCAGCUUUUGCGCCCCCUCAGACUCUAUGAAGAUUUAGUGACCGACGAAUACCAUCGAAGGCCGUUCACGGUGAUUCCAGCUCCCCUUGUUCUUACUCUCUUAAGACUGCUUCGAAGCCACUGGGACCGGAAGGGAUGGCCACAGGAGGGUUUAGCAUCCCGGAUCACUCAGAACACGGCCACUCAAUUGGUCAAGGUUAAAGCGAACAUGACGACGGACCAGUUUUACCAUUUGUUCACGGGUGUGAAUCUGCGAUGGGAGUUUGUCGGCCUUAUAUUCGCCCUUGCAGGACUCGGUGCUAGUGUGUCGUCUAGCUCUCCAUUGCUCUCUCUGAAUGGAAAGAAUGAACUGAGCUCAGAGGCUUUUGCUAUGGAGAUGGCGGCAGCAAGUCGUGCGUGUAUUGAAAUCUGCAGACAGUACGACAAUGUAAAUGACCUGGUGGUAUGGCUGAACUACACGUACUUCGUGUUGGCAUCGAAUAUAAUGGGAGAGACAAGCCAUCAGAUUUACGCGCAAUUUGGGGACUUAGUCUCCUAUAUCUAUGCCAUGGGCCUACACCAUCCGCAACCUGCUGAGUCCUCCAUCCCACUCUUUCUUUCGGAGGCCCGCACGAGGGUUUUUGCAGCAUCAUAUCGUACCGAUAAGAGUCUCGCUAUUUUUCUGGGAAGGCCUCCGCGACUUCCCUACCAUUAUUGCGACGUGGGACUACCCUUGGAUAUCGAUGACGAUAAUCUAGUCCUGGAUCAUCUGUCCCUCGACAAAACUAUAAAGCAGCUUACACCGGAUGGAUGGGGUACUUUCGAUGGUGGCCUUCGCCCUGCCACAGUCAUCCGGCUACGAUACAUGAUAGCGAUAUUGCGAGAGCAGGUGAUGGAACUGUCCUUGGGGCGUGGCGCCGUUGGUUCCAGACAGAAUGAGAUUCAGUAGGAUGAAUAGCGUAGAGGACUUCUCUCUCAGUAUAGUGAAAGCUAAUAUGCCUGUAGGAUCACCUAUC